AUGGAGAGAGCAAAGUCGAGAAAGCCUCAUGCCAUGAUGAUACCAUUCCCACUUCAAGGCCAUGUCAUCCCUUUUGUCCACUUAGCCAUCAAACUCGCUUCUCGUGGCUUCACCAUCACUUUCGUCAACACCGAUUCCAUCCACCACAACAUCUCCACCGCUCGUCAAGGUGACGCCGGAGAUAUCUUCUCCGCCGCUAGAACCUCCGGAAACCUUGACAUACGUUACACCACGGUGAGCGACGGCUUCCCUUUGGAGUUUGACCGGUCGCUUAACCAUGACCAAUUCUUCGAAGGUCUUAUCCACGUCUUUCCUGCCCACGUUGAUGAUCUCAUCAACAAAAUAUCCCGUCGGGGUGAUGAUCCUCCGGUGACUUGCUUGAUCUCCGACACGUUUUACGUUUGGUCAUCUAUGAUUUGUAACAAGCACAACCUCGUUAAUGUCUCGUUUUGGACCCAACCUGCCUUGGUCCUUAAUAUCUAUUAUCACUUGCAUCUCCUCAUAUCCAACGGUCAUUUCAUGUCUCUUGAUAACCGUGAAGACGUGAUCGAUUACAUACCAGGAGUUAAGGCAAUAGACCCAAAGGACUUGAUUUCAUAUCUUCAAAAAGCAGAUUUCGUUUUAUGCAAUACAGUACAAGAGCUGGAACCAGGCUCACUCUCUGCUCUACAAGCCAAACAACCGGUUUACGCCAUCGGUCCGGUUUCCUCAACCGAAUCGGUUGUCCCAACAAGCCUGUGGGCCGAGUCAGAUUGUACCGAGUGGCUCAAAGGCCGCCCCACCGGAUCAGUCCUCUACGUCUCGUUUGGUAGCUAUGCACAUGUUGGUAAAAAGGAGAUAGUGGAGAUAGCCCAUGGGAUCUUACUAAGUGAGCUUAGUUUCAUUUGGGUUUUACGUCCAGAUAUAGUUGGCUCUGACGUGCCGGAUUUUCUUCCGACCGGUUUUAUGGACCGAGCCCAAGGUCGAGGCCUUGUGGUCCAGUGGUGUUGUCAGAUGGCAGUAAUCUCAAACCCGGCCAUUGGAGGGUUUUUGACACAUUGCGGGUGGAAUUCAAUUCUAGAAAGCGUUUGUUGUGGCUUACCAUUGUUGUGUUAUCCGCUUUUAAACGAUCAGUUCACGAACCGGAAGCUUGUGGUGGAUGAUUGGCGCAUGGGGAUUAACCUUUGUCACAAGAAAAUUAUCACAAGGGACGAAGUCUCGUUGAAUGUUAAACGGUUCAUGAAUGAAGAGACUUCAAGUGAGCUGAGAAACAAUGUUGAGAAGGUUAAACGUCAUAUCAAAGAUGCGGUUACAAGCAUUGGAUCUUCAGAGGUUAAUUUGAACUCAUUCGUUGGUGAGGUUCGAGAUAGAAUAGAAACUAAAGUGUGA